CGCCCGCCGGCACCAUGAUGGAGGAGAUCGACCGGUUCCAGGUGCCCACCGCGCACUCGGAGAUGCAGCCGCUGGAUCCAGCCGCCGCCUCCAUCUCAGACGGAGACUGUGACGCCCGGGAGGGUGAGUCAGUAGCCAUGAAUUACAAACCAUCCCCGCUCCAAGUGAAGCUGGAGAAGCAGCGGGACCUGGCCCGGAAGGGCUCCCUGAAGAAUGGCAGCAUGGGCAGCCCUGUCAACCAGCAACCCAAGAAGAACAACGUCAUGGCCCGGACGAGGCUGGUCGUCCCCAAUAAAGGCUACUCUUCACUUGACCAGAGUCCAGAUGAGAAGCCACUGGUAGCUCUUGAUACAGACAGUGAUGAUGACUUUGAUAUGUCCAGAUACUCUUCUUCUGGCUACUCCUCUGCUGAGCAGAUCAACCAAGAUUUGAACAUCCAACUGCUGAAGGAUGGCUACCGGUUAGAUGAGAUCCCUGAUGACGAGGACCUAGACCUCAUCCCCCCCAAGUCCGUGAACCCCACCUGCAUGUGCUGCCAGGCCACCUCCUCUACUGCCUGCCACAUUCAGUAGCAGGUGGGGCCGCCACGGCUGCAUGGAGCAGGGCCAACUCGGGCCAGGUUGGAUGAGGUGCCUUCCUCACCUCAUCCACCUGCCCCCAGCCUGCACCCCAUGCAGCCACCAACCUUGUAACAGUCAUUGCUUCCUCCUAUGGUAGGACGUGUACCUCUGUGUGUUCAUGGAGCAGGAGAAACCAAAACGGAGUCUCUUUCCACCCUGGAGGCCAAGGAGGGGUGGGGGGUUGUUUGUUCAGUUAUUUGUGGGACCUCACCCAGCACCCAGCCCACCUCUGCAAAGUUGAAGUCCAGGCCAAGGACUAGACACAGGGAGGCCAACAGUAACAAUGGAGGUGAGGGGGAUCACAGGGCCAGAGGGUUGACCCCACCCCCAUUGAAGCCAUGAAUCCCCCGGCCACAACCUAACCAGGAAAGGGAUUUGAGUGGAGAAAGGCCCAAGUCAAUGGGGGCAGGUCCUAGCCCCUCCACACACCUCACAGCCCCUCCACACCUACCCCCCUACAAGCCCAUGUCCCCAGUGUUUUCUCCCUCCUCUGCAGCCUGGCAAAGCUGCCUAAGGGAAUAUUGUUCCCCACCCAUCAGAUUGCAGCCUUCUUCCUCUUUGUCACAUUCAUCCUCUUCCUUGCUCUCUGGGUAUGGAGAUGGGUAAGGCGGGCCUGAGAGAAAGGCCAGAAUUGGAAAUGUUAUAGCCUGUUCUUACUGGCCUAUAACCAAUGCAUCUAUCUCUCUGUCUGGAUGUUUCUGUUCACUGGUUCAAGCUAGAAGCAGAGUGUUAAGUCUGGCCUUCAAGACCCCAUUUCCAGCUCACCCCAGUCUGGGAGGCUAGUUCCUGGAAAGACUCUUCAAGGAGCAAGUUUAGAAAAACAUAGUGGAUGGAGUGACUGCAUGAAGUGCUGGGCAAUGUGUGUGUGUGUGUGUGUGUGUGUGUGUGUGUGUGUGUGUGUAUGUGUGUGUGUGGAGAGGAGGGAAAGAGGCACAGAGGCUGUCAGGAUGUAUGUUCAAGUGUCUACAUCUCUGUGUUGGACCUGUCUCUUCAGGUAUCUUUUCCUGAUGCAUAUAUGGUAUCCGUAGUGAGAAAGUAGCUCUGGUCUGUUUGCAGUGUGAGAAGCUGCUCAGCAGUGCAAAGGUCUGGGCUCUAGCUCUGGCACUCUCCUGUGAUCUUCAGCAAGCCAUGAACUUUCUCUGGGCUUUACCUCUCAAUUGUAAAAUAAACAAUAGCUGAAAUUAUUCUCUUAAGGUCCUUGAAGACCUGAAAGGAAUUUCUUUACAAGAUUUUCUAUGGAGAGGUCUGUUUCUAUGUGGGAAGGGGGAGUCCACAAGUACAUAAGGAUCUGUUUGGAAAAGGUGUGUGUGUGUGUGUGGGCACAUGCAUGUGUGCACAGGUGUGUGCACAGGUGUUUGUUGUGUAUGUGCCUCUAGGAGGGUCUGUGGAUUGAAAUAUACCUACUGCUGCUGCUUCUGCUCUGAUGCUUCUUAGCAAAGCUAAAGAUGCAAAUCAAGAGAGGGAGGCAGUGAAGAGAACCCUCCCGUGGGCUGAGAAAUAUAGAACUGCCGUCCAGGUGAAGAAAAGUAAAAGCAGGUAGUUUCAGAUGGCUCAGGACUAUGCCCCUUAAACCUCCUUCCACAGGCCCAAGGUGAACACUGCCCCAGUUCUCCAUGCUGACUCCCCACACGUGAUGGUGCAUCCACUGUCAUGGAUGCCACUCACAUGCUGCUGUCUGGAUGCCAGUCCUGGGAGGUGGGAGGUGGCGAAUGGAGGUGGUGAGAGGAGGAAGGGUAGCACCUCUCCCUGUACCACACUCAGGAGCUGCAAACUCCCCAACACCUCCAACCACCCUUACCUCCUUUAGCUAGAAGAUGAAAAAAUACCAAAGGGAAUUAGGCAGAGAAGGUAUCUGCAGGGCCCCCAAGGUCCAAGCUGGCCCCUAUCUGAGCCCAUCUCUCCUACCCCAUCCAAGACUCUCAGUACCACCACCAUCACCACCCUGGACUCCUUGACUCACCCUUCUAGAACAUGAGUACUUCCUCUCUUUUAGACUCCUGCCUUUGCUGCUGACUUACUGUAUGACCUAACCCAUUGUUCAAUUUCUAUGGUCCUAAGGAACCAGGAAAAAGCUCCCUGCCUACAGAACAAACUAGUUCCUUGGCAGGCAAGGACUUCUGGCUGAGGCAAUCUAUAUAUAGUUAGGUAGAUAUGGAGGGGAAAGGUAGGAAGCUGGCAGCCAGCAGCUCCUGCAUCUAGGGAGAGUGUGUGGUUCUCUCCUUCCCUGUUUGGGUGUUGGAGGGGAAGAACCACGGCCUUAGCUUGCCCCCUGCUCCCCUGUCCUCUUGUAGAUACUGCCUUAACACCCCCCCUCCCAGCCCUCGGCUGUGGCUGCCACCCAGCCAGGUUUCUCCGUGCUAAUUUAUUUCCAGGAAGGUGUGUGGAAGACAUGAGCCGUGUAUAAUAUUUUUUUUAACAUUUCCAUUGCAGUAUUGACCAUCAUCCUUGGUUGUGUAUUGUGUAACACAAAUAAUGAUAUUAAAGGCAUCAAACAA